AUGGCGCGGGACGCUGGUGGCAGCCUGCAGCUGGCGGCGGAGAUGUACCUCCACGGCGGGUGCAUGGUUCUGGUGGACAGCCUGGGCCUCGGCAACCAGAUGGUGGACGACGGCGCCGUGCAGCCCUCCUGCCCCGGCUCCGAGGGCGAGGCGUUCUCCGGGUGCCUCUCUCCGACGCAGCGCGCCGUGCUGCGCUGGCUCGUCGACCAGACCGACGACGAGGACCUUCGCGAUGCCCUCGGCGAGGCCUCGCGCGCAGAGCUGCGGGCCACGUUCGGCCUGGGGGGCUUCGCCUGGGUGAGGCGGCAGCUCUCGGGGCAGGCAGGCGUCCGUUCUGCCGAGGGCCUGACCUUCGGCAGCUUCCGGGUGCCCGCGGCCCCGGCCGGUGGCAGCAGCGCCAUGGAGGUGGAGGCCGUCGCCUCGUUCGAUUUCGAGGCGCACUCGACGGCGUGCAACGUGGGCCGCGUGGUGCGCGCCCUGCAGCAGCCCAAGGCCAUACUGCUGGAGGGCCCGCCGGGCCUGGGCAAGACCGCGACCGUGCAGGCGCUGGCGCAGGCGACGGGCCGCAGGCUGCUGCGGGUCAACCUCUCGGAGCAGACCGACCUGCUGGACCUCCUCGGGUCGGACCUGCCCGUCUCGGGCUCCGAGACGGCGUCCUUCAAGUGGAGCGACGGCGCCCUGCUCCGCGCCAUGCGCAGCGGCGACUGGGUGCUCCUGGACGAGAUCAACCUCGCGCCGCAGGCCACCCUGGAGGGCCUCAACGCCCUGCUCGACCACCGCCGCGAGAUCUUCCUGCCCGCCAUCGGGCAGACCGUGGUCGCGCACGCCGGGUUCCGGCUCUUCGCGGCGCAGAACCCGGUCAGCGCCGGCGGCGGGCGCAAGGGGCUUCCCCGCUCGUUCUUGAACCGCUUCAUCCGGGUGGUGCUCACGCCGCUCACGCCCGAGGAUCUGCGCCACAUCAGCCAGCACAGCCACGGCCACGCUGUGGGCCCCGCGGUGGUCGACGGUGCCGUGAAGCUCCUCGAGGAGAUCGGAGGAGCGGGCCGCGGCGGGCGAGGGCGACGGCGCGCCGGGCCAGGCCUUCGAGGCCCACUGGGAGUGGGACUGGAACCUUCGCGACGUGCUGCGGCUCUGCGACCUGCUGCGCGCCGGCGUGCCCCUGCGCUCCAGCCUCUCGGGGGCCGCGCGGCUGCUCUUCGUCAGCAGGCUCCGCGCGGAGCGCGACCGGGCCGCCGCGGCGGCGCUGCUGGGCAGCCUCGCGCCCGCGGCGGGCCCGCCCUUGCCCCCGGCGAGCGCCGCGUUCCGGCAGGCCGCCGCCGAGCUCCGCGCCGCCGUGGCGCUGCCGCCGGCGCAGCCGCCGGCGCAGCCGCCGGAGGCCGUCGCCGGCCGCGGCGCGGCGGCGCGCGCGCCGUGCGCCGGGCUGCAGGGCCUGCGCGUCACGGCGAGCGGGGUGCAGGCGGGCACCGCGCUGCUCGAGGGCGCGGCCGCGCUGGCGCCGCUGGCCUGCCAGGCGGAGGCGCUGCGCGCGCUGGCGCACGCCGCGUCGGAGGAGCUGCGGUGGCCCGCGCUGGUCGUGGGUGGCCCCGCGGUGGGCAAGUGCAGCGUUGUGCGGUGGCUCGCUGCCGCGGCCCGCAUGCCGCUUCAGGAGAGGUUCCCCUCACGGCCUCCAUGGACGCGAGCGAGCUCCUGGGCUGCUUCGAGCAGGUGGACUCGCGGGCCCGCCUGGAGGGCUUCUGCAGGGCGGCGCGCGGCGCGGCCGAGGCGCUGGCGCGCCUGGCCAUCCUGGGUGCCGGCGGCCCUGCGGCGUCGGUCCAGGCGGAGUUCUUCCAGAAGGACGUCGCCGCCUGCUUCACGAGGUGUGCCGAGUUGGAGCGCCUGCGAGACAGCGGCCCCGCGGCCAAGAGGCCGGAGCUCGUGGCCUGCGCGGAGGCCGCAGAGGCGGCCCUGCGCGCCUGCGCCGCGGCCCUGCCCAGCGCCGGCGCGGGCACGGGCGCGGGCGAGCCGCAGGCGCUGCUCGCCCCCCUCGCCGAGGGUCUGGCCGCGCUGCGGCGACUCCUCCGCGGGCCGCUUCGAGUGGGCGGACGGCCCGCUCGUCCGGGCCGUGCAAGAGGGACCGGCGCUGGGCCCUGCUGUCCCACGCCGAGCAAGCGGCCCCCGCGGUGCUCGACCGUCUGAACUCUCUGCUCGAGCCCGGCGGCUUCCUCCUGCUGACCGAGUCGGGCGAGGA